UCCCGCGCUCUGAGGCGGACAGUACCUGCAGGCCACUCCGCUUGUUCCAGGUGAAAAUGGACCCUGGGUACCCGCUCAGAGCCAAGAGCAGUUCGUGGAUCAUUCCCACGGCGGACCGCGAGUCCCUAUAUCCGUCGCACCCUCCUCCAGAGCCUCACCAGGCGACCAAAGAGGCGAGCGCUCCCUCUACUACACGCGCACAGGACCCCGGGAAGGGCAGUUCCUCCUGACUGUACCCGCCGAGACUACUGCUGAGGAGAGCUGACGGGAAGCCGGGAAGGGGUCGGCGCGCCGCGUCCCGGAAGUGAGCCGCGCUCGCCUGGGCCCACUUGCAGGCUCCAGCCGGUGCUCCGCAGGAGUCGCGGGAGCUUCCCUCGCGCAUGCGCCUCCAGCGCCCGGGUCGCCCGCUCGGACUUCCGGUUUGGGAGCUGAACUGGAAGGCUGGAGAAUCCGGGCUGCAGCCCUACCCCGAGUGGGUGAGGCUAGCCCGCGGUCAGAAAUGCGGGUGGGUUGAGUGACAGCCCGAGAAGGAGAAGCUCCCAGGGGUGGGUCGGAGGGUGCUCUCAGGGCGCUUAGCCCGGUCGGAGGCCUCUGGAGGGGCUCACGACGGCUUUCGAGAGUGACCUGGCCGGAGGGAGAGAAGACAAAGAGGCCGGAACCCCGCAUCCGCGAACCUUGCAGCCCUCGGAGCGCCUGGCCAGCACCCGAGCUUGUCCUCAGGAGACCCAUGACUACUGCCCCUUCGGACUCCCACUCUCCACCAACUCAGUGGGACUCUCCCCAAGCCCACCCGGCCCUCGCUUCAGGAGCCCAAACCAACUUCUCUCAAUGCGCGAGGUUUCCAUUCAGUAGUUCCCGGCUAUUUACUGAGCGGUUACUUUUGCUGUGAGGGAGAACAAAGACCCAGUAUUCAGUACUUGAUUUUUGUUUGGGGUGGGAAUUGGUAGUGGUGGAGUCCGAGGGGGCGGGGCGGACGGAGAGGGCCCGGGGAAGGACGGCGGAGGUACUGGGGGAGAUCAGCUGCGACCCGCUGGACAGAGGCUUUUUGUUGCCUUCAGCAGGAUGGUGACAUGCCUUUAGAACCUCUCGAGCUCCCAUAUGGUUCGAACACACUAUGCUACACUGGUCGGGGGAGCUUCAGUGGGUCAGAUUUGGGGGAGGUGGGAGAGGAACAAACAGUACUUUCUAUUCUUUGCUGCUUACCCGGGCUGCCCUGCAAGUCUCCCAGAAAUGCAGCUUUUGAAUGGUCUCUCACCUUCAUGCUCGGUUUUGGCUUGCUGUCCUGAAGUUGGUGCUACGUGGAGCGUCUGCGAAGUCAGGCCAGCUCUGGCAAGACUUCAGACAUAUGAGUAUGUUCCUUCUGAUAGUGCCAUCUCUCUCUAUCCUAGGAGGAAACUCUUCUUACAGAGAGAGACUCAUCUGCAGGUGAUUCUCCAAGGACAUGAGAAGAUGGGUGUAAGCUGUGGAACCUAGACCCUUAAGUGGAGGGAAGCUGCUUUCUGCUGUGAACGAUGGCCAAACCCACCCUGAGAGGGAAUGGCACUAACUCUGAGACCUUCCGACAGCGCUUCAGGAGAUUUCAUUACCAGGAGGUAGCUGGGCCCCGGGCGGCUUUCAGCCAACUCUGGGAACUUUGCUGUCGGUGGCUAAGGCCGGAGGUGCGCACCAAGGAGCAGAUUGUAGAAUUGUUGGUGCUAGAGCAGUUCCUGACCGUCUUACCUGGGGAGAUCCAGAAAUGGGUACAAAAGCAAUGUCCAGAAAGUGGAGAGGAGGCAGUGUCUCUGGUGGAAGAAUUAGAAAGAGAGCCUGGAAGACCUGGACGUUCGGUCACAGUCUCUGUGAAGGGGCAGGAAGUGCGCUUGGAGAAGAUGACACCCCUGAAAUCAUCACGAGAGUUAUUAAGUGUUCGGCAGGAGUCAGUGGAACCCCAGCCCAGGGGUGUACCCAAGAAAGAGAGGGCAAGAAACCCAGACCUGGGACCACAGGAGCAGAUGAACCCAAAGGAGAAGCUCAGACCUUUUCAAAGGAGCGGAUUUCCAUUUCCUAAAUCCAGUGUGGUCUCCAAGUUGGAGCAAGGAGAGCCAUGGAUCCCAGAUCUGGGCUUCAAGGAGAAGGAAUUCCCAAGAGGCAGUCACACAGGAGACAAACAAAUGCAUGCUGAUCUGUUACCAUCCAGGAGAGAGAGAAGAAGCUGGGUGGAACAGGAUCACUGGGGCUUCGAGGAUGAGAAGGUGGCAGGUGUGCACUGGGGCUAUGAAGAGACCAGAACUCUCCUCGCAAUUCUCAGUCAAACUGAGUUUUACGAGGCUCUCCGAAACUGUCAUCGAAACAGCCAAGUGUAUGGGGCUGUGGCUGAGCGGCUCCGGGAGUAUGGGUUCCUCCGGACCCUGGAGCAGUGUAGGACCAAGUUCAAAGGUCUCCAGAAGAGCUAUCGGAAAGUCAAGAGUGGCCACCCACCUGAGACCUGCCCCUUCUUUGAAGAGAUGGAAGCCCUGAUGAGUGCCCAGGUCAUUGCCCUGCCCAGUAAUGGCCUGGAGGAGGCAGCCUCUCACUCUGGCCUGGUGGGCAGUGAUGCUGAGACUGAGGAGCCAGAGCAACAGGACUGGCAGCAUAAGGAGGGAGAAGAUGCCAUGGCUGAAGAGUCUGACAGUGAGGAAGUGGGCCAGGAGGCCACCCCCCAGGACCCCGACAAGUCCACCACACCCGUCCUUUUCCGAAGCCCAAGUGGUGUACACUGGGGCUAUGAAGAGACAAAGACCUACCUUGCAAUUCUUAGUGAGACUCAGUUUUAUGAAGCCCUCCAGAACUGCCACCGCAACAGCCAGUUGUAUGGAGCAGUAGCUGAGCGGUUAUGGGAAUAUGGCUUCCUUAGGACACCAGAGCAGUGUCGGACCAAGUUUAAAAGCCUCCACACCAGCUAUCGGAAGGUCAAGAAUGGCCAAGCACCAGAGACCUGUCCCUUCUUUGAAGAGAUGGAUGCUUUGGUGAGUGCCCGGGGUGCUGCCCUGCCCAGUGAUGUCCGGGAAGAGGAGGCAGCCUUGUGUCCCACCCAGGAGACCAGUGAGGCCGAAGCCGAGAAGCAAGCCGAGGAAGCAGAUGAGGCCAUAGAAGAAGAUUCUGAAGAUGAUGAAGAAGAUACCGAGGUACCCCCAGAGGCUAUGACCCGUGCUCCAGUCUUAUUUCAGAGCCCCAGUGGUUUUGAGGCUGGAUUUGAGAAUGAAGAGAAUCUAAAACGGGAUAUUGCUGAGGAAGUACAACUACACAGGACGUUACUUGCAAGGUCUGAGAGGAAAAUUCCCCGGCAUCUUAAUCAAGGUAAAGGCAUUGAGAGUGAAUGUAGAUCAGGAAGACAGUGGGAGAAGACCCCAGGGGAGAGAAGAGGAAAACCAACAUUCCCAGAGAGGAGUCUAGGUAAAGUUCUAAGUCAUCAGAGACCUUACUUGGGGGAGAGACCCUAUAAAUAUCUCAGAUAUGGCAAAAGCUUUGGUCCAAACUCCCAUCUCAUGCAUCAGAUAUCCCCUCAAGUAGAAAAUCCAUAUAAAUGUGCUGACUGUGGGAAAAGCUUCAGUCGGAGUGCACGCCUCAUUAGACACCGGAGAAUCCACACUGGAGAGAAACCUUAUAAAUGUCUUGACUGUGGGAAAAGCUUCCGUGACAGUUCAAAUUUCAUCACCCAUAGAAGAAUCCACACAGGAGAGAAACCGUAUCAGUGUGGUGAGUGUGGAAAACGCUUCAACCAGAGCUCAAGCCUUAUCAUUCACCAGAGAACCCACACAGGAGAAAAGCCCUAUCAGUGUGAAGAGUGUGGGAAAAGCUUCAAUAACAGUUCUCAUUUUAGUGCACAUCGAAGGAUACACACAGGGGAGAGACCCCAUGUGUGUCCUGACUGUGGAAAGAGUUUCAGUAAGAGUUCUGACUUACGUGCACACCACAGAACCCACACAGGAGAGAAACCCUAUGGGUGUCAUGACUGUGGCAAGUGCUUCAGUAAAAGUUCUGCUCUUAAUAAGCACCGAGAGAUCCAUACACGAGAAAAGCUUCUCUCACAGCCAGCCCCUAAGUAAGCCCCUGAGGAUCUAUGAAGAAAACAGUCUCAUUACAUGUAUUGAAAUUGUUUAGAAAAGUCCUCCAAUAGUGAGAUCCAUCUCCUAAUUUGUGCCUGACUAGUUUAGGAAAUACUCUAGAAUUUACCCCGCUCUUUGUUCCUAUGUUUCUUCUGGAUCUAGAGUCAAAUUCCCAAAGCAUCUUAAGAAUGAAAGGAAGAUUUCAUUCCCUCUCCUUGCCUUUAUUGACGGCAACACCUUUCCCUCUCAGUGCCUAUGUUGUUCCCUUAAUAGAGAGGACACAGUAGUAGAUCCUAUGAGUGUGACGUGCACCCUUCUUUACUCAUCCUGUUAUAGACUGCAUUUCAACUAGAAAAACCCAUCACAGCAGCAUUUCAUGGAGAAGUAGUAAGAAUUCUCAUUGAAUGGGUGUAGCUCUUUAUAUAGCAAUGGAAAUGCAAAGAAGAAUGACUUUUCCUGCUCACUUAACCCUGUGCUCAGAAUGAUAUAUUUGUCAUGCACACUCUUCCUUUACCUUAAAGAAGAGUUUAAGUGUUCAAUUUGGUUCUGACCUAUAAGUCAUUUUGUCAAGAACCUAGGUGUGCUAUAUGGGGAAACAAUGUAAACCUCGUAUAAAUAUUGAGGUGUGAACCCUGGAUUUCUUAGUUUCUUCCAAGCUCUAGAAGCUUUGGAAUAGAAAAAUACUGUAUUUACAGCGUCUGGUGUGAUUUUUUUUUUU